UCUCUGUCUCUCUCUUUCUCUUCUCUACCAGCACCUCUUUUUGUGUUUUAUUUAUACACACCCUCUUCUCUAUCCCUAACGGAAUUUUAAUUCUCUACCUCUCCCUCUUCUUCUGUGCAACAUUCCAUUGUUUUCCUCUACAUCUAAUUAAGCUGCAUUUGUAACGAACCAAUCAAGCUGCGCAUCACUACUAGCUCUAGAUAACCCACAUCUUAGUUUUACAACGAACUAUCGAUCAUUGAUCUCUUUUUAGAUACACCCAUCUAAAAGGUAACUAAGUUAGUGGUGCUUGGCGUUGCUUGCUGGCUGUGAUUAUAUAUGGAGACGAUGGAAUCCUGUGUCCCGCCGGGUUUUAGGUUCCAUCCAACCGAUGAAGAGCUAGUUGGAUAUUAUCUGAAGAAGAAAAUAGCUUGCCAGAAGAUAGAUCUUGAUGUUAUUAGAGAUAUCGAUCUAUACAGAAUUGAACCAUGGGAUCUUAUAGAUCGAUGUAGAAUUGGGUAUGAGGAGCAGAGUGAGUGGUACUUUUUUAGCCACAAAGAUAAGAAGUAUCCAACUGGAACAAGAACAAAUAGGGCAACUAUGGCUGGAUUCUGGAAAGCAACAGGACGUGACAAGGCAGUGUAUGAAAAAAUGAGGCUCAUAGGUAUGAGAAAGACUCUUGUUUUCUACAAGGGAAGGGCACCAAAUGGACAAAAAACUGAUUGGAUCAUGCACGAGUACCGGCUUGAAUCCGAUGAGAAUGGACCUCCACAGGAAGAAGGAUGGGUAGUGUGCCGGGCAUUUAAGAAACGAACGACCACCACCAACCAAAUGAAAACAAGUGAAGGAUGGGAGUCAUCGUCAUCUAAUUACUUUUAUGAUGAAACAAGUGGAGUCAGUUCAACAGUAGAACCUUCUGUCGAUUAUAUAUCAAGAAAUCGUCGACAACAAAAUUUCAUGUGUAAGCAAGAAACUGCAACUGAAGUCGAAAACUUGAAUUUCUUAAACUCUGAUCAUUUUGUACAGCUUCCUCAGUUAGAAAGUCCAUCACUCCCCUUGCUUAAGAGGCCAAGCUUUAUGUCACUGGUAUCGGAGAAUAGCGAUGAUUAUAAUCCUCUUCAUCAUCAAGAGCAGCAACAGCAGCAGCAGCAACACCAACAACAGGUUUCUGCCAUAUUAGGGUUUAACAAUACUGAUAUGAUGAACAUGGAGCAGGUUGCAAGAUUAGGAUAUAAUGGUAGUAGUAAUAAUAUGAUGGACAUGGAGCAGAAUGUUACGAGUAGUGACUGGAGAGCCCUUGAUAAGUUUGUCGCAUCUCAGUUGAUGAGUCAAGAAGAUGGAUUUGAUCAUAAUGUUGAAGGGCUUUCCAACUUUAUCGUGGACCAUCAACAACAACAACAAUAUCAUGUUGCUAAUAAUAGUAAUUCAGAUAAUAUGAUGAGCUUGCUAUUAAUGCAAAGUGGUACUGGAAAGGAGGAAGUGAUGAAUCACAGUAAGUUGAAGAAUGGGUUUUUAAGUAGUACUUCAUCAGUUUCGCUUGGUGAUAAUAUGGGUUUUUGCAUAUUUGAGAAAUGAUCAGUUUGUCAUGAUUUUGAGUGGGUUGCAUAAGAUGUUAUAUUUUGAUGCUAUAUAUAUAUAUCUAUCUAUCUAUCUAUUAGGAUUGGUGAUUAUGGAAGGCUCUUCUCUUCCUUAUGAAUUACUAUGCUGUAAAAAAGAGAAAAAAAGACAACUAUGUAUAUGGUUAACUAUGUCAUGUGGUGGAAGACUGAAGAAAUAUAUCUAGCCAGUUUGUCUCUCUUGUACUCGUUCCAUUUGAGGAGAAAAAUCCUUGAGUCGAUAUCAGAAGAAGAAAAACAAAGAAUGUCUCUAGCGUUUUUCAGAUGAAAACACAGGGACACGGUGGCGGCAGAAAUCUGUGAUAUUGUUGUAUUGGUGGUCGUGGCCACACAAGAAAAACAUUGGUUAUUAAUAUCAAAGUACACGGGGAUGCUUACCUUCUUGGUGUGAAAAAUUGAUUGUAAAGGGGAUUUCCGUUUACAAUCUCUUACGUACAUUCUCCUCUGGCUAGAUGUAGCCCUCUUUCACUCUAGAUAAAGUGAAGGAUAUUUUUGCAAGAAUGUAAGGAGUUAUAUUUAACAGCGCGAACAUGCACCUAGCAACUAGCUAGGCAUGCACAUAGCAAAGUAAC